ACAACACCCAAUACAUCUUGUCGAUUACAGUUUAGUAUAAACCUACUAGCAACAUUUGGAUAUAUUCCUUCCCCGUUCAGUAACUAUAUUGCCAGGUCCAAAUUUACCCGUGAUACAUUCAGUGUACACCUGAACUAAGCCAAGAGGCCAUAUCCUAGUAAACCUCGAUUUAUUUGCACACCAUGGCGUUUGGCGACUUUUACGACAUCUGCAACAACGCAGCCCUCCCGCUCUGUGCGGUGAUUGCCAAUUCGGCCAGGUACAACAAUAUGACGCAGGGCAUUUUGCCGAUGUGCUACGCCAGAAACGUCGACUUGGCCAACACGAUCAUUUUCCAGAUCGGGAACGCGUUCAUCCACUUCGGCGCCAUCAUCGUCUUGCUCAUCAUUAUCUUCAAUGUGCGGGCCAAGUAUACGGCGAUCGCGCGGAACGAGAUGUUGUUCUUCUUCUACUCCUACAUCGCCUUAACCCUAACGUCGUUGAUCGUGGAUUGCGGUGUUGCGGCACCCGGUUCCACCACGUUCUUGUAUUUUGCGGCGGCGCAAAUCGGCUUUGCGGGCUCUUGCUGCUGGUCGCUCAUGUUUUCCGGCUUUCUCGGCUUUCAGUUGUGGGAGGAUGGUACCAAGCGCUCUAUGUGGCUGAUGUGGAUCUCCUCCUUCGGGAUCUUUGCGCUCAACUUCAUCAUGGCGGUCGUCACCUUCAACCAUUUUGCGGGCACCACCGUGAACAGAUCCCACACCAUGGGGUUGUUUAUUGUGAUGUACGUUUUGAACGCUGUCUUCAUCUUCAUCUACCUCAUCUGCCAGAUCUGUUUGGCUGUGUUUAGUUUGGGCAACUUGUGGGCGCUCGGCGCCAUCGGCUUGGCCGCGUUCUUUCUCAUUGCCGGCCAGGUGCUUGUCUACGUUUUCAACAAGACCAUUUGUGAAAAGGUCGACCACUACAUUGACGCCUUGUUUUUCGGCACCACCUGUAACUUGUUUGCCGUCAUGAUGAUCUACAAGUUCUGGGACGUUAUCACCAGUGAAGACACCGAGUUCUCCGUCUCUCCCGUGAAAAACCCGCAAACUCCCGAACCGCCUCCCAGUUCUUUGAUGUUCCGGACGAAAAGUCUUACAACGGCUACGAACAACGCUGAGUUGUCUAUGGGGACCCCGCCCCGAUAG